UAUAUCAGACGAAUUGACGGCCAAAUGCGUCUCUGGAAACAUGACUUUCGGGGCAGGGCCCUGAUCAUCGCCAUCACCAUGGCCUCCUGCCAGGCUUUCCUUCUGCUGGGGUUUGACCAGGGUGUCAUGUCUGGCAUUGUUGGUGCGGACAACCGAUUUGCACGCGAUUUCAACAACCCCGACGCAGCGAUGCAGGGCAAUAUCACCGGUCUCUACGACAUCGGCUGCGUCGUUGGCUCCAUCAUCUGCUACUUCAUCGGUGAGAAGAUGGGGCGACGAACCAUGCUCAUGACGGGCGGGUUCAUCAUGGUCAUCGGAUCCAUCAUCCUGUCUUCCUCCUACACCUUGGCCCAACUGCUGGUCGGCCGGAUCAUCACUGGUCUCGGGAAUGGAAUGAACUCGUCCACGGCACCUGUGUACCAGAGUGAAUGUUCUCCAGCAGCAUAUCGCGGUGCCCUGCUCACCCUCCAGGGAACUGUCACCAUCUUAGGCGUGGUGAUCGCCUACUGGAUGGAUUACGGCACCAGCUUCACCGAUUCCUCAUACGAAUGGCGGCUUCCUCUCGCGUUCCAGGCGGUAUUUGCUGUCUGCCUCAUAUUCCAGGUUGUCGGUCUUCCCGAGACUCCUCGUUGGCUGGUCCAACAUGAUCGACAUGAAGAAGCGCGCGCCGUGGUGGCUGCCAUCGAAGACACCACCAUUGACGAUGCACGCGUUACCAAGACCAUUCUCGACAUCCAAUUCGUGCUAGAGGAGGAACAAAAGGACGGGCCCUUCCGCUUCAAGGAGCUCUUCACAUGGGGUGAGGUGCAGAAUCUGCGCCGUCUCCUCAUCACCAUCACCAUCGAGCUGGGGCAGCAGUUCACCGGUUCCAACAUGAUCAACUACUAUGGCCCUGUCAUGUUCCAGGAGACCAUGAACAUGAGCCGUAACCUAUCGUUGAUCCUGGGUGGUGCGAUGCAGUGUACUUACCUGGUUGGGUCGGCAAUUCCGGUGUUCCUGAUGGACCGGUACGGGCGACGUACUCUGCUCAUGGUGUGUUCAGCGGGUCUGUGUCUUUGCUUUGUGAUGGUGGCAAUCCUGCUGUCGCUGGACCGUGAGGACUGCGCCUACGGAGCGACUGCCUUCAUCUUCAUUUUCCAGAUCUUCUAUGGUGUGGGCUGGCUGCCUGUGCCGUGGUUCUACCCGGCCGAGCUAAAUACCACGCGGGUGCGGACAAGAAUGCAGGCAAUUGCGUCAGGAUGGAACUGGAUGGCGGUGUUUGCCGUGGUGAAGAUCACACCGAUCGCAUUUGACAACAUUGGCUGGCGCACCUUCAUAAUCUUCGCCGUGUUGAACGCCGUCUUCAUCCCAAUGGUUUACUUUUUCUAUCCCGAGACCAAGGGACUAGAGCUGGAAGAUAUCCCUUUGCUAUUCCACAAGGGCGGAAUUACGGGUGGCGUGUUCACCUCGAAGGGUGGGCGAACAGUCACACCAGGCCAACACGCGCUGCAAGCCCACGUCGACCAAAAGGUCGAGGGCACAGUGCAUCAGGUGGAGGAUAUCAGUUGAGUGGCUGUAGUAGAGUAUAAACCUAGAAUCCAACACGAUAAUGUCAGACUCAACAACCCACGAGUACAUUAGGAACCAUCGAUUCACACCACAGUAAAUACAGCUGGAUAUGAUACAAAACACAAUCUGAACCAGCCAGAGAUACCAAACUUCAAAAGAAAUCAACGCACUCACCAAUCUUACUAUACACGUCCAUGGUGCAAUCUGUAUCACUUUACCUCACAGACUACGCAAUUAUCAUCAGACAUGGCGUGAUGGAGAUUAUCAAUCACAUCUCAUCAAUC